AACUAGUUAGCCACUGACACAAGAUCCUUUGCUUUCUGUCCAGUGUCCAAAGGGAUCAAAGAACAAGGAGCAGAGAAGACACGGCAAGAGCAACUCGGUAAUAUUGCCUGAACUCGUCCAAAGGGAUCAAAGAACAAGGAGCGGAGAAGACACAGCAAGAGCAACUCGGUAAUAUCGCCUGAACUCUGGCUGCAGAGGGAGAGAGGGGACUGCAUGAGUCCAUAUGCGAUUUGGCCCUCAGACUAGCUUCGGAAUAUUAAUCUUUUUUCUGGGGAAAAUCAAAUAAUUACUUAGUCAAUCUGAGGGGGUACAAUGAAGGCCAUCUUUCCCCUCUUCUUUUUAAUUGCUGGGAUCCUUGCUAAUCGCCCUUACCCACCGAAUUUUGUAAAUCCCAACAGUAUCUACAACAAGUGUGACAUCUAUGAAUCCUAUCCCCAAGAUAUGAACCAUCCUAAUGGAGAAGGAAGACGGAUGCCAAACCAAGUGCUAGUCAACAGCAAUUCUGACUUUGCAUUCAAGUUCUUCAGGCAGGUUUCUUCCAAUGGAGGCCACCGAGACAGUUCAGGCAAGAAGAACAUUGUCUUCUCUCCCAUGUGCAUCUCCUUGGCCUUUGCAAUGCUGGCCUUGGGUGCCAGGGCCAAUACCUUAAACCAGAUCCUUACAGGACUUGACUUCAAGCCAUCAGAGAUCCAGGAGAAGAUGAUACAUGAAGGUUUUCAUGAUCUCAUCUACAUGUUAACCAAUGGGGGUUCAGGCCUCCAAGUGGAGAUGGGGAAUUGCCUGUUUGUACAAAAUCAGCUGCAUCCACAAGAGCAGUUUCUAAAUGAGCUCAGAAACAUCUAUGGAGGAGACAUCUAUCUGGAAAACUUUAAGAACACAGCGGAAACUGAACAACACAUCAAUAAUUACAUCGAAAGGAAAACCCAUGGGAAGAUUUCCAAGCUUGUCGAUGGAGUCAACCCAGUUACUGAAAUACUACUGGUUAGCUAUAUUUACAUGAAAGCCAAGUGGAAGAAGCCCUUUGAUCCAAAGUACACUGAGGAGCGUGACUUCUAUGUGGAUCCUUACACUGUUGUGAAAGUGCCAAUGAUGUUUCAGAUGGGCAUGUUCGAAACCGGCCAUGAUGAUGAGCGAUCUUGUACCAUUUUGAAACUGCCCUACGAAGGACAUGCUGCUGCAUAUUUUAUCCUACCAGACAAAGGGCAGCUGGAGAGGGUGGCCAGCAGCUUGUCAUGUGGAGCUUUGCGGACCUGGAAAAAAAUACUCUCACAGAGCUCUGUAAACCUGUAUCUUCCAAGAUGCUUGGCUAGCGGAGAGCUUAACCUGAAAGACAUAAUGUACACCAUGGGUGUGAUUGAUGUCUUCACUGACAGAGCAGAUUUGACUGGAAUUACAGGGCAGCCUCAGCACCGGCUUUCUGGCGCCAUUCAUAAGGCGAUGAUGAUGAUAGAUGAGAGAGGAACAGAAGCCUCAGCAGCUUCUUCUAUGGACCUGGUGCCAAUGUCUAUGCCUACGAUUGUUACGUUUGACUCACCUUUCAUAGUUAUGGUUGUUGAUGAACAUACUAACAGCAUCCUCUUCAUGGCAAAGAUCAUAAAUCCUACGGAGAAGUAGAUAGGCCAAAGUUACCUGACUAUUAAUUGGCAUGUACUUAAUAAAUACAUUGGUCUGA